AUGCAUGGGAACUCUUUUGAUGAAAUGGUUGAGAAAGAUGUUUCUUGGACAACCUUAAUAUCGGACCUUGCCACACACGAAUGUUAUUAUGAAGCUCUUUAUCUGUUCAGAAGAAUGAUAGUGGAUGAAUCUGAAGUCCAGCCUAAUGUUGUCACCGUGGUCUCUGUAAUGUCGGCUUGCUGUAAUUUAGGGUCUCUGAAUCAUUCCAAGUGUUUGCCUGCUUUCUUAGAGAGGGCUGGAUUGGUUCGAUUGGAUGUUUCUAUUGGCAAUUCACUGAUAGAUGCCUAUGCAAAAUGUGGAAGGAUUGACUAUGCUGCCGAAGUGUUCAAUGAUAUGCAGAAUUCACAUAGGGAUAUAUACUCUUGGACUGCUAUAAUUUCAGGCUUAGCAAUGCAUGGACGAGGAACAGAUGCUACCACCAUGUUUUCACAAAUGAAUCUGGUAUCGGGAAUGAUCCCGGAUGCCAUAACUUUUAUUGCAGUUCUAUCAGCUUGUGCCCAUUCAGGGCUCGUCGAAGAAGGGCUAUGUAUUUUUGAGUCUAUGAAAGCAGAAUAUGGGAUUGAUCCUGAGCUCAAGCACUAUGGAUGCAUGGUUGAUCUCUUGGGCAGAGCUGGAUUGCUUGAAUGCGCUUAUGGUUUUGUCAAGAUGAUGCCUAUGGAGCCCAGUCUGGCCAUAUUGGUAUCCUUGUUGAGUGCUUGUAGACUACACCAUAAUGUAGAGUUGGGGGAAGAACUUCUAAAGAAGAUUGAACUGUUGGGACUGGUGGUGGAGCUCCUGUGCUUUUAUCCAAUAUGUAUGCGAAUGAGAAUCAAUGGAACAAAGUCAUUGACAUUAGGAAGGAGAUGA